UCACCAGCACUGUCUCAUUGUAGACUAGGGCACAGAUCAUUUUACAACCAAAGAGAGUAACAUAUAACAAUCAGAACAUUUUAACCACGUAUGUGUGUGUGUGUGUGUGUGUCUUUAGGAUGAACUAGAAAAUAACUGAAAUUUCUUUAUUUAUAUUCUCAUUUGCUUCUGUUUGUAUUUCUACAUUUGUUUUCCAUGGGUGGAGACUCUGGAGCAUGAAUGUCUAUCAGAUGACAAGCUUUGACUGAAUUCCAGUCUGAUUGGUUCCGCGUGACUUCAGAAACCAGCUGGGCCAAAAGUGGCUGUCCAAUCGCCCAGGAUCCACGUUAGCUCCUCCUCCCAGUGCAGAAAACACCCACCCACAGUCAGCUGUUCCCUCAGUUGGGACUUCCCCGUCAGUGCUGCGGAUCCGCGCUGCUGUGGCGUUUCUUUGUAUUUUCAGAUUCGGAGAUUAUUUUUUAGACAUAUUUGGAAUAUACUAAAGGCUCUCCAAUGGAACGAGACGAGCAGGUGAAACAUCUGCGUCCCACCACGGACUAUGGAGAGAGGUUCAGGCUCACCCUGACCACUCACAAGUCCUUUUUGGAACAAAGAUGGCGACGUCAAAUGUCAUUUCGACGCAUAGGACGUAAGGGGUGGAGCCCUGCAUGUCCCGCACUGGAACGUACGGUCCCUUGUGACAUGCUGUUCUGUCAUACCGGUACCCAGGUGGAAUUUCAUGCUCCAUCGACGGAUCUAAUGCAAAGGAAGUAUGGCUGUGAUGCCUUUGGUUCCAGCUGCACUCCUCUCGACUAUGGUUUUGGUCCCUGCGUUUAACGUCCAGAUAAACAUCACAGCUGGACAGAACAUCACUCUGCCAUGUCGAGCUCCAAACAACAACAAAAUCAUCAUAGUUAUGGAGUGGAGCAGACCUGAUCUGCAAGCGGAAUAUGUCCUUUGUUAUCGCGAUGAGCAAUUUGAUCUAGAAUACCAGCAUCUAUCUUUUAAGAACCGGGUGGACUUGCAGGACAGACAGAUGAAGGAUGGAGACGUGUCUUUGAUUCUGUACAAUGUGACGACUGCUGAUGCUGGAACAUAUGAGUGUCGUGUCAUCCAGAAAGAAACAAGCCGCAGGAAGAGAGCUCAUCUGGAUGGCAACCCCAUCAGCAUCAUCUACCUGAGUGUUGUUGAUCCUCCAGACGUAAACACCACAGCUGGACAGAACGUUAUUCUGACGUGUCGAGCUCCAAACUACAAUAUCAUAGUUGCAGAUUGGAGCAGAGCUGACCUGGGAUCAGAAUAUGUUCUUUUGUACCGGGAUGGAUGUUUUGAUCCAGAAAACCAGCAUCCAUCUUUUAAGAACCGGGUGGAUCUGCAGGACAGACAGAUGAAGGAUGGAGACGUGUCUUUGAUUCUGAAGAAUGUGACGAUUAAUGACACUGGAACAUACGAGUGUCGUGUUGCGAACAGAAGAACAAACCGUGGGAAAAGAGCUGUUUUGAAGAGCAACCCCAUCAGCAUCAUCCACCUGAGUGUUGAUCCUCCAGGUCAGCCAGGAGGACACACAGAGGAUGGAGGGAAGGAGGACAUAGUCAGUAGAGGACGUCCUGGUCUGUCAGCUUUUGCUGUGAUUUGUGUUGUGAUAGCUGCUUUUGUGAUCUCUGGAAAAUUGAAAAACACAAAUUCCUCAAUUCCGUCUCCUGAACAACAGGAAGCCUAAAAAAAAAAUGUUUACCAAGGACCCGACACACAGAGUGUUUUGCUGUGCUCAGAUUUUUUUAUUUUGUUUUUUUGUUCAGUUCUUUGGGCUAAGGCCCUCUUGCACCAGGACGCAGCUCCUUCGUCAUCUCCUCCUCUGCACACUCACGCACCUCGUCCAUCUCUGCCACCACUAUGCAUAUAGGGAGAGGGAGUCAUCAGUCACAGCACACACACCUGUACCACCCCUCCAAUGCAGCAGGGCAGAGACCACACCCCAGCCACAACAAGCUCUUUGCUUUUUGCUUUUUCUUUGUCUGCAGACAAACCAGUUUACUAUAACAGUAUAGACACGUCUGGGCAUUCGCGGAGCGUCAGCUCUCAUACAGGACAUCAGUCUCAGUCAUGUGUAAUGUUUGCUUUUAUUAUUCUUAUUGUUUGUGUUAGUCAAAUCUGACACUGUGAAUAAAUGAAGUUGUGGUUUCUUUCAGAUUCUGUUACUGUUUAAUCUCAGAGGUUAAACUGAGGUCCAGAAGUGUCUGAUGUGAUUUUAGAGCACUCUGUAAGAACAUACGAUCAUGUUACAUCAUUUAUUUAUUGGACACAGAAGCACUGAUUAUUUUUCUCUGCUGUUAUGAAGUGUUAAAGGUGAAAUCACAAUUUUCCACCUUUAAGAUUGUGUGAUCCUCUGAUUACUCUGAAGUGCUGAGCUAAGCUAUGCUGUGGCUUUACUCUGUGAAAGGAAAAGUUCUGUUAGUAUCUGAAGGUAUCCUGUAACUCGAGCUGUCAGAUUCAUGCAGAUAAAUGUUGAGAGUUGAAAGUUGAUUCUUGUCUUCUUGCUGUAAUUGAGCUGAACAACUGUUAAAGAACAAACACACAAAUGGCAACAGUCAUUCACAGAGAAAUCAGUGAGGACAGUCUGAUGUUUAUCUCUUCAUAUCUGAUAAAAGCUUUUAAAUCAGGCUUCUUAUCAGUUGUUUGUAGAGUUUUCAAUAAUAAAUAAAGAUUUUGACAGUAAGCUAUUUUUUCCUGUGUGACAUAGAUGAGCUCUUAAAGCUCAGUCUAUGCUUGUAGGACAAGAAAGGCAACAACGGUCUGAACCAACCUCGGCUGUAAUUUGUCCAGCCCAUAGUCAACCAUGACCAAUUGGCCAAUCCAACACCUCUCACUGUUUAAAUCGUUACAAAAACAAACAAACAAAAAAACAUCAGCCCAUAAAAUUGGACAAAAACCAGGUAGGCCGAUGGCCAGUCCAGCUAUGGUGCAGCUCAUGAACACUUUGUCACGAGUGCCAAUAAAGAUAAGCUUCUACUGAAAGUCAGACUUCAGCCUGUUUUCCUCAUAUUUUUACCAAGAUUAUGUUUUCUGAACCCACAGAGAGGAUGGGAAUGAUGUUUGUCUGAUGAUACAAACCUGUAAGCCUGUAAAUAAAUGACUCAGCAAAACACAAACACAACUGGUCAAAAUGUUAAUUUCGUAACAACAUCAUCCUCAGUUAAAGCAGAAAUAAGUUGGAGAAGGAAAGUUCACAUUUUCUCCUCCUGCAGUGUUUCAUUAAAGUUCUUUGCCUUAA